GUUCGUGUCACUUAUUCAAAAUAAAUUUAUAGAAAAUAGUGGCAUUUUCAGACUGUUAGUUACAGUUAGUCAUAUUUCCUUCUUUUGCUUUCCAAAUACUCUUAUUUUCUCAAGUUGUCGUCGUCAACUUGAGACGGAAGGGGAGACUGGGGUCUAAAGCAUCAUUCUCGUGACUGGCCUUAAAAAAUCUACUAGAUUUCAGAUUGAGCCGUUUAAUCUUGGGGAGAUUUUGGAAGAUUCGCCAUGGAGGGAAGUAUUAGAGUCAGCUUACCGCCUGUAUCACUGAAGAUUGUGGUGUCAGUUCAUUUUAUUCUAACGAUAUGGGGUGAUCAAUAUGGAUGGUUACCAGCCUCUUAUAUAUUCUGUAACUUAGCUGUUCUGGCCCUAGGAGUCUGGGCAAUAGCAUCAGCAAGUAAUGAAGAUGCCUCCCAAUUGUUUCUGUUGGGAAUGCUUUUUACUAUCAUUCAGGACAUCAUAAUUAUAGCCAUCUCUUAUACCUCUGAUAACACGGCUUCCCAUUACAGGUUUUGUGUGGGAAUGGCUAUCUUAAGUUUGAUUUUGAAGCCCCUAUCAUGCUUGCUUAUUUUUCAAAAUCACCGCAAUAGGGGUGGAGGAGAAGGUUACAGCUGGGCAGGUUCAAAUUAUGUGACCAUAGAAGGCCAGUCAAGCUCACAGCCAGCUCCUGGACACCCUUGAGAGAUUAAAUAUCAAUAUAAUUGAUGCUUUUAAAUAACAAACAUUAACUCUGACGUUAUCAAAAAUGUCAGUCAAGUAACUCAUCUAUUAAGUAUCUUAAGUUUCCAAACUUUUCAUGUAGUAAAACAACAUGUUUUUUAAAUGGUUCAAAGUUUUUAUUUUCUCCUUUACUAAUUUUCUAGAAUUAAUGUGUUAAAUAUAGUAUUUGGAGCUCUCAAGUUAAUUUGUUGCUAAAAGUUGAGAUCUCGGAUCUGACAUCACUUUUCUGCUGUGGGUGGUAGGGUGGGGCAUGCUCAUGCCAGAAAUUGAAGUAAACCCACCAACCCACCUAAUGGUGGCUCUGCACAAGGAUUUUCACUGUUGGAAAGUGUUCGGACCCAUUACAAAGGAAAUAAGUAGUAAGUUCUAUCUAGAAACAUAAUUUAACUCUUUAACACCCUAACAUUAAUAUUCAUAUUCUUAGCACUGUUCUUGAUACACUUCCCAAGGCGCUGACAAGGAGAAUUUGUCGAACAACCAAGGGCUUCUCUAGUUGGUGAUCAGUUCUUUUAUUCUUGUGACCUUAGUGCUUGAUGCCAGGGUGAUAUUGUAAGGAGAAAUUAGAUGCUGGUCACUGUCAGGGGUGAAAGGGUUUAAGUUUAGAAUCUCGAAUCAACAAUUUCAUUGAGAAAUAAUAGUUUCAGCAUAAGAGGGAAAGAUUGAAUUUGUUUUCAUUUAUUUCACAAUUGACUUAGGAGACUAGAGAGCUCUGGGUUGUUGUUAUGGAGAUUGAGAUAUUUUUUAACUUCAGAACUUAAUAUGUUUUCAAAAAGCAUGGUAAUCAGCUUGAUUAUCUUUUAUAAAGCAGUACUAAAUAAAUGUUAAUUACAGUAAGUUAUAGACCUCCACAUGGAGCAGCAUGUACCAAUCUGAUGCAUGCAUGAUGUAGUACUUUUGUAAGCAAGUGCCAUUCUUGAUCAUGUAUAAUGCAACAAACAUGAAAAAUUCCGAAUUAAUAAUAUUUUACAGUUUAAAUUGGCUCUCAAUAGCUGCUACUGUCAAUGUUUCUUGACGGAAAUUACUAAAAUUAAGUAUUGCUUGUCAUUUUGUAAUAUGAACCAUUUUUCUGAGUAUGUGGGAGAAAAUUUAGAGCACAUCUGGGGAAAGAGUAGAAAAGGAGAAUCAAUUUUGGUAUUAUGAAGCAUUUCAUUUGGCAUAUACCAUUUUCUCGGUUUUUUUCUCUUUUCAAGAAGUUUUAGAGAUUAAUAUAAUUAAUUUACAAAAUAUUACCAAUGUUACAAUUCACUCCAUGCAUUGAAUAAUGCAGGCAUUGAAUUCAGUCAAUUUUUGAAAUAAAUACACACUUGCCAGUCAUCUCAUAUGAGCAUGAUUUCAAUCCAUAUUGUUAGAUUUUGACUACAUGCUUCUAUAAUUAUCUGAAAUAAAUAGAGCAGUUGAGUUGUCUUGA